GUGUGAUAUUCAUUUUUUAUUUGUUAUAGUUUAUCUUUAAGAAAGAAAAAUGUCUUCUUCAGAAAGUGAAGAUGAAGAUUGGAUUCUGUAUCGUGAAAGAGAAGAAUGGAAAGAUGUGGUUCCAAUUCCACAAGAUGAUGGACCGCAUCCUGUUGUUGCUAUUGCCUACUCGGAUCGAUUUAAAGAUGUUUUCGACUAUUUGCGUGCUAUUUUGAAAGCUGACGAGCAAAGUGAGAGAGCAUUGCAAUUAGUGACUGACGCCAUUGCGUUAAAUGCUGCCAACUACACUGUGUGGCAUUUUCGAAGAAUAUUGUUGAAGUCACUGGACAAGAAUUUGAAAGAAGAAUUGGAAUACGUUACUCGUAUUAUACGUUCUCAACCAAAGAACUAUCAAGUUUGGUAUCACAGAGGCAUCAUCGUCCAAUGGUUAAACGAUGCGUCGCAAGAACUUUCCUUUACUGAGGAGAUGUUGAAGAACGAUGCGAAAAACUAUCACUGCUGGCAACAUCGUCAGUUGGUGUUGGAGCUCUUCAAAUUAUGGGAUAAAGAGGUCGAUUUUACGACUACGUUAAUAGAAAAAGAUAUCAGAAACAAUUCAGCAUGGAACCAACGAUACUAUGCCAUUGUACACACUGGUGGGUUUGAGAAAGAUGUCGUCGAAAAGGAGUGUGGGUACACAAUACAGAUGAUCAAAAAAGCGCCAAACAAUGAAAGUGCAUGGAACUACUUAAAAGGAAUUUUAUCGGCGUCCGGUGGAAUAAAUAAAUUUUCAUUGCUAAAGGAUGAUUUUGAAGACAUGCUGCUAAAUGGCUGCGAUUCUCCAUAUCUGAUUUCUUUUCUUGUCGAUUUCUAUGAAGAAGAUUUAGAGAAAAACGGAAGAAAUGAAAACACAGCGAAACGAGCGAUCGAGCUGUGUACUCAUCUGGCCCAGGAUGUCGACUGCAUACGCAAAGAGUACUGGAACUACAUGAAGCGAACGUUACAAAGUCGAUAUCUCACCUCGUGAUCAUAAUAUCACGUGCACAUGUUAUUUUUACACGUGGGUAUUGACACGUGAGUUAACACAAGUAACGAACCUAAUGGCGUUUAAAUUUCACUUGCAGAAUAAAUAAUCAACAAAUUUGCAAUGCGGAAAAAAAGUAACGCAUUUAUAAAUUGUGGUUUAUAUCUUAACUGUGAUUAAAUUUUCUCCGUAAA